CAGACAGGAGGAGACCAAUCUGAAAUGUCGAACGUCGAAGACGAACUCGAUGACCUCGAUGAUAUUCUCGACGAAUUCAAUGCACCUGCGCCCUCAACGUCAACAUACCCCUCCAAACCCGUACCACCGCCCGCAACCAUUCCCAAAACCUCCACCUCCGCACCAACAACAGGCGCCGCAGCCGGAGCUGGAGCUGGAGCAGGACUACCAGGACUUCCGGAAGAUGACGAAUUUUCACAACAGCUUCAAGCAGGCAUGGAAGACUUCAUGCGCUCCCUCGAAGAAGACCCCGAGACGCGUAAAGAAUUCGAGACCUUGAUGAAGCAAAUGGGAGACAUGACCGCCGGCGCAGGCGGCGCAGACUCCAACAAACCACCCAAAUCGCCUGCACCGCCGACUCCCUCCUCCGAGACGGGUGCGGGAACGAAGAAAACGUUUCAAGAAACCAUUCAGGAAACGAUGGGCCGCAUGAAAUCAUCCGAUCAGGAAGCGAAGGAGAGUAUCGAGGGAAGUGAGACGGAUGCCUUUUUGGCCGAGAUGAUGGCCCAACUCUCCUCCACGGCUGGCUCUACCUCCGAAGAGGAUUUCCUGACGUCCAUGAUGUCACAACUCCUCUCCCGCUCCAUCCUCUACGAGCCCCUCCACGAGUUAUCAACCUCCUACCCAGCCUGGAUCGCCUCCCACCCAUCCGAUCCCAAGAUCGAGACAUAUAAAAAACAGGCGGAGGUUGUGAGGCAGAUUGUGGAGGAGUUUGAGAAGGAGAGCUAUAGUGAUGAGGAUGCGGAGGCAAGGGAGAAGGUGUUGGGGUUGAUGAUGGAGAUGCAGGAGAUGGGGAGUCCGCCGGUUGAGAUUAUGGGGGAUGUGGGGGAGUUGGGGCCGUUGGGUAUGGGUGGGUUGCCGGGGACGGAGGGGAAGGAUUGUGUGAUUAUGUGAGAAGUGUGCCACGGUCAAGAUACGGAGGGAAUAACCUAGGAU